AUGCUGCACUUAAAGAACUUUUGUAUAUCAUCAGAUAUUGAACACAUCGAACAAAUAUUGAAAGCAAAAGAUUAUGAUGGAAUAAAGACAAGUAGAGAGAUAAAAAACAUUUUCGAAAAUCUGAGUUCAGCGUUCAAAACGUUUAGCAACUCAUUAAAACAAAUUUACAGUGAUGCAAAUAAUUUAGUUACAAAUGUAAAAGAACAACAUAAAGAGGAAGGAAAUUUAGAACAUGUCUACUUUGUCAAUUUCUUUGUUAAUGUCAUUUCAGUUAUACAAAAUUUGUACGAAAAAAAUUUGUCCAUUAGUGAGAGCAUAAAUAAGAAUAUCGUUCUGAAAUUGGAAAAAGAACAAAAUGAAAGGGAAGAGGAUAUCAAUUCAAUUUAUAAACUAUUUGAUGAAUGCAAAAGUACGAAAAAUGAAGAUAAUUGUAAAAAUUUUAAUCUCUCAGGAAAUUCUCCUGCACAGAAAUCAAAAGUGCGAAAUUCGCCAUAUGUUGCAAGUAUUCAACAAGUUAAUCAUGAUUAUGAUAUGAAAGAUGUGGAGAAUGAAAGAAAUCAUCAGAAGAUGGAAUACCAUAUAUUUGAAGAAGAAAUUCUUGUUGAUGGAAUUCCACUAAAACAAAUAGAAAUAGAUUUAAAGAGAUUCUUAAAUAAUGAAUAUUUUGCAAAGGAAUACUUGAACCACUCCAAGUAUAAGAAACACUUUUCAGAGUUAGACAAAAUGAAUGUCAAACUGGACAAAGAAAUAUACGCAUUGAAAGAGCUUAUAGAAAAAUUCGGAAAAAAUGCAAGUAAGCUACUAAUCAAUAAAUCUAAAGAAAGAAUAAGUUCUAUACAAAAUAAAAAAAAGGAACAUCUAGAGAUUCUGUAUGACAAUAUAAAAGAACUCAGGAAUAACAAAAGAACUAUCAGAUGCAAUAUUAAAGACUUGGAAGAGUAUGUACAAGAUAAUGAUCGUUGGAAGAAGAAUAAACAGGAUAGAUCAAAAACAUAUGGAAAAGGGAUCCAAACCGGAGAUUCACUCGCAGAUCCAAGCGAAGAGAGUGAGAAACAUCAAACGUUUCUGAACAAUGAUAAGGAACCAAUAAAAUUAAUGGUAACACAGGAACUUUACUUAGAAAAAUUUGAAAUAAGAGAAAAACACAGAAUCGAAAAUAUAUAUGACAGUGUAAGGAAAUUUAUACAAAUACUAGCACUUGAACAAAUUCAUAUGAACAAAGUUCUGUAUAAUAGUGCACACGAAAUUAGUUCAUAUGAUUCACUUAUCGAUUAUCAAACAUGGCUAAGUAUUAUUUUGAACAGAAAUACAGGUAGUGUAACAGAUUUACAGAAGAAAAUUUCCAAAAAUCAUGUAUUAACAAAGGAAGAACUAUUCCUACUAAUGCCACAUAGAAAUGAUGAUUCAGUUGUGGAUGAUCAAUACAAAUGUGAAAAGAAAGGUAAAUCAAAGGAUUCAAAUUUUCAGAAUGGGGAAUUGAUUUGCAAUGAUAAUAGUAUAAUUAGUCACGAAGAAAAAAUGAAACAAAAUAAAGAAACAAUUAAAGAAAACACACAAACGGUUAACAAACGAAGUGACCAAUUUACUAUUUCUACAAGGGAUGGUCAAUUCCCCGAAGAAUUUUACAUCCCUGUAAUAAUAUCAAAAAAGAAUAUGCACAAGUCAGGUGAUAUUCAUAACAGUUUGAAGGAUACCACAAUUCAUACCCAAGAAAUGAACGAGGUAGAAAACAAAAGUGAUACACAGAUAAACUCAAUUAUGGAGGAAAAAAAUGUAAUCAAUAAUCAUAACCACCAUAUGGAAAAAGAUAUAUUUUCCUUUCUAGCAAACAGACAAAAGGAUUACGAAAAGUAUAUCUUACAAUUCAACAAAGUAAAUAUUUUAUCUUCCAUGUUUCAGAAAACAAAUAAUGAUAAAAGAAAAUGGUAUAAUCAAAAUUUCUUUCAAAGUCAUUUUAAUGAAGAAGGACAUUAUAUGUACCCAAUUCAAAUUCCAACUAAUAUCAAUAAAUUUUCUUCAUUUCAAAACAUGUCUCUUCCUGUUCCAUUAUCAAGUAUACUUGAUUUUGGGGAUGAAGAAAUGAAUGAAUAUGAUUAUAUGCUGAUGGCAUAUGAAUCUCUUCUUCUCGUUUAUUACUCGUUAUCUACACAAUUAAAUGGAUAUUUCUUAUUUGACAUUUCUAAAAAAAGUAAGACACACAAAGAUGUGUACAAUCAAUUUUAUAAAAAGUGUUAUCCCAUUUUGGAAAAGUUGAAAGAUAGAAACACAUCAUUGGAAAGAAAAAAUAACAAUUUCAAGUGUACGGAUUAUGGAAAGAAAAAAAGGGAUAUGCAUGAUGAAGCAGAAAAGGAAGAAGUAAAAUACGCUACUUCCCCACCAUCGAAUGAUAUAAAAAAUGCUGUAAAUAAUUACUUUGAAUAUGUGAAUUAUAUUUAUAAUGUAAAGUUACAAAACAUAUUAUUAGUAAAAAGAAUAACAAAUAUUUUUAGAAUAAAAAUGAACUUAAAUUCUAGAACAAAUGAUUUAAUCACCUUACUUACAAUCCCAUCUCAUUACAUGAAUUAUGGAAAUACAUAUUCCUUUCACGUUCUAGAUGUGCGUUUUAGAAUAAUUCGUGUAAUGGAUAGUUUGAACUUCAAUUCUAUAUUCUAUUUUGAAAAAGAAAAAAAAAGCAACAUGAGAGACACACGAGGUGCACAGUAUAGUGAAGAAUACACCGUAUACAUAAACUGGCUAAAGAGACAGUUGCAUCUGCUAUACAUAUCUGUCUACUUCAAAUUUUUUACCUUUGUUAAAUUUAUUCCAUAUUUUGAUUUCUUCUCCCAUACAUGCAUAAAAGGUGUAAUAAAUCAAUUCAAGAACAAUGAUGAGUAUUUUAGUUACAUUACCAGAAGAAGAGGAACAGGAAAGGAAUGUUCAUUUGUAUCAUACAUGUUAAAUGUGAGAAAAAAGAUCAAAAAUCUGUAUGCAUCUGUUUUACACCAAAAAUACAAUAGUCAUUAUUACACAAGAACCUCCGAAUCGAAAGACGAAAUAGAUGUAAAAAUUGAGCAGAAGAACCCAUUGAAAAAAAAAACAGACAACCAUAAGAAAAAAAAUGGAGAAACAAAUUUUAUUACCUUUAAAUCGUUAGAAAGAGACGAAAAAAUUAUCUUUUUAUGCAAUCUCUUGCUAAAAAAUUUAAUUAAAUCUUUUCGCAUAAUUUAUAUGUUAAAAUCUCUAGUGAAAGAACACAAAUGGAAUAUGGGGUUCUUCGAUGAGAAAAAUAAACUCUCCAAUUUGGUUAAGUUCUUCACAAAAAUAGAAUACUAUGAUUAUGAAAUUAGGAGCAUUAUUAUAUCUCAAAGCGAGCAGAUCACAUGCAUAUCCUCAAAUCAGAAUGACAUUACAUUGUAUUCUGAAUCGGUAAAGAAGUUUCCUAUCAGUAGAAGCAAUCACAACCACAGUCACCACACAAGUGAGAGUGUCGAAAGAAAUGACUCCCUUAUGAACGAAUACAACACGAGAGGAAAUCAUGAAUACAUUCCCAUAUAUGAUAUGCAAAACAUUGAUUACGACAAAUUGUUUAAAAAUAUUUUUUUAACCGAAUUUUCCAAAUUAGUUGAAAAUUCACCACCUCAAGAUUGUACAAGUACAAUUAGGGAAGAAAUUAUCAAACCUAAGCAAAGGAUAAGAAAAAUGAGUGAACAGGAUUAUGAAUCAAAGAAGGGAAGAAAUCUCACAAGAAAAGAAAAAAAAAUUAAAAAUAAUAUUUUUUACAAAUUAAAUGUAGAAACUAUUUUAUGCUCCAGUUGGUUCAUUGACAGAACGUUGCUUCAUUUCUUUCUCUAUUACUACAUCUCCUGUGUUAUUGGAACUAGCGGAAAGACAAAUAUGUAUUCAGAUACACCUUACAUAAUGCAAGGAAUUAUGCUAAUUAUAUAUUACUUACAAUCUGGUAAUGAUUUAACAUUGCAGGAGAAAACAAAACGAUACUGUGAUGGAGUAGAAUCCACUUUGAUCCCAAUUUCGACUUUUAUCUUGUACAUGGCUAUUCAUUUGUUUUACUCUUUUUUUGAUAAAAAAUUAUUGACAAUAUCUUUGAAUGAGGAUGAUGGAAAUGUAAAACUUUUUUUGAACACAAAAUUAAGCGAUCCGAGCGAUGAGAAAGAAUCUGAAUUAAAUAAAAUCGAGUCACAAUUUUCUCCCUCCUCGAAUUGUAUUAACACAGAUCCAGAUUGUUUUCGAGCAAAAAGUCAAAUCAUUACUGUGCAGAAUGCUAGCCAUUUUUAUUUCAUUCUAAAAAAUUUUGAAUCCGUCAUGUCUUACAGAACCAUUGAUGAGAUGACCUUAAGAAAAGAUCAAAACGAAAUAAUAGAUGCAUCCAUAAUUGAAUUAUAUGAAAACGAUUUCUUCCUCAAAUGGAACAAAGAAAAAAAUUGUUCUGACAAAAAAAAAUCACAGAAGAAAAAAAUUACAUUCUGCACAACAGUUGCAAAUGAUACUAUCCAAGAAGCAGAUACUAAUGCACAAAAUUAUUUUCAAUAUAAAAAAAUGACUGAAGAGGAACACGAAAAUGAUAUGAUUUAUCUGAAAAGAUACUACAAUAUUUUAUUCCUUUUUAACUAUAACCAUUUGGAAAAUCUAAUUAGUCCGUACGUUCCCAAUAUCCUCUCCCUCUAUGUGAACGACCAUUUAUAUUCCAGGGAUCAUCUUUUCUUUCAUAGUUGGCAUUUGAAAAAUCAUAACAAUAUGGAUAUAAACCACGUGAUGACAGAACCAUGUGAAAAUUCAGACGUUAUUCAACGUGUUCAUUAUGGUGCAACUCAUGCAGGAGGAAUAAAAAGAGAAAAUCCUUUGUAUGCUUCAUCACAAUGUAGUAAUAUCUGCCAUAACAUUCAUAUGAAUAACAAUGUAAAAUGUACAAAUUUCAUUACCAAUUCAGAUAGCCUGUGUUAUGAAGCAAAAGAGAAUAUACAGAAAAUGCAUGAACAGAUUUCUGAACCAGUUCAUACCAAUCUUUGUAGCUGUAGUGAACUCAUUAUAAAAUAUAAAGCUCAUGAAAAGAUGUACACCAAUUUUUCCCUGAUAAACAUGUCAAGAAUUGAAAAAGUAAUGACUGAUAUCAUUUUAAUGAGAAUUAUUAGUUGUAAUUUUAGGGACCAUUUCAUACUACUCUUUUGUAAUUACAGAAAAUUUAUUGACAUGUAUUCACUUCCAUAUGUAUUAGACAUAUUUGUAAUGAUACACAAAUUCUUUACAAUAAAUAACAACAGUUCCGAGGAAAAAUCAAAUAAGUGGAAAUACAUGAAUCACAGAGGAAAAGAAAACGACAAAUGCAUAAAUUGUAUUCAUUGUUCUCUUCCGAAUGAUAGAAUAGAACGAAAUAGAAUUAUCUUUGAACACAGUUGCAAUGUUGUCAUCGAUGAUUCAGAUAAAAACAAAUUCAUUUCAGAUUAUCAACAAAAUGGUAAUUUCCAUUCACGUACUUCAAAUAUGCAAGAAAAGGAAAAAGAAAAAAAAAUGGUGCCCGAUUUAGAUACCCGUGGAUGCAGAAUCUAUACACAGUGUGUAAACUGCCAGAAUAGUAAUAAUGGAAUAACCUCAGCUCAUGAAUUAUCACAUUAUUUUAAAUUCUUCAUUUUCAACACGGUUAAAAAUAUUUUUUACAACAUUUUGUGUACUGUACGGGAAGACAUACAAUCGAACGAGGUGUUAAGAAAAGUGACAAAUGGUAAUGUAAAAAACGAAGAAUUAGCAAAUAAAUUGGGUUGUAAUCCAGAUAACAGCCCGUUUCUUCAAUCGAAAAAUUGUGUUCGAGGGUAUGAUAAUGCCAAUGCUGCAAAUAAUGCCAAUGCUGCUAAUAAUGCCAAUGCUGCAAAUAAUGCCAAUGCUGCUAAUAAUGCCAAUGCUGCUAAUAAUGCCAAUGCUGCUAAUAAUGCCAAUGCUGCUAAUAAUGCCAAUGCUGCAAAUAAUGCCAAUGACGUGAGGGAGGCAGUUGAUGAAUUCCCCAUGAGCUACCAAGAUUAUGUUCUCAAAGAGUACGCAUGUAUUAUAAACAAAUAUAUUAACGAAAUUGUCGUAGAAAUUUUGUUUUUUUCAAAUAUAUGGAAACACUACCUCCCGCUAGAAGAACACCCAUUGGUUGUUCUAUAUGCAGCUAACAAAACAUUACAUUAUGAAGUUUUGAAAUUUAUAGGAUUAAUUAAAAACAAUAAGGAGUUAUUGUUUAAUGAGGCCCUAUCUAUCAUUGUUUCGUUGUAUAAUUUUAAUUUACUAAAUAAAGAAAUUGUCUUGCAAACCAAUACAUAUGAAAAGUACCAAUCUUUGAUAAAUGAAAAGUUCAUUAAUGAUCGAAGCAUGAAGAAAGGAAAUGUCCAAGCAGGUAUUGUAUAUACAGACAAAAACAAAAACAUGACAAGAGAUGAUAGGAUCAUUUCUAUCGAAGAUGACAAGAGUCAUUGUCAUUCCCAUGAGCAGAACAAGAUGAAGAAAAAAAUCAUAAAAUAUUAUGAAACUAGGAACUCACUGAAGAGAAAUGAACAGAGUGUGGAUAGAACUACACAUGAAGAAUACAAAAACGAAGAAAAAUAUGACAUGUUCAUAAACUUGUCAUUAAUUAUUUCAAAUGCAAAUGAUCCCUGUAUGGUGAAAUUGAUGUUUAAAUUAGAAAAGAUAUUUAUAAAAAUUAUUGAUCAAAAGUUACAACAGAACAAAAAUUUGUUAUCUGUGUGUUUGAAAAAUGAAAAGUUAAUUCCAUUGAAUAGCCCAGAAAUUAUGUACAAUUCGACAUCUGUUGACAUUUUUUCCAUUAUAUGGAAUAUUUUAGAUGUCCUUUUUGAAUACAAGUGCCCAGUAGAAUGGAUUAUAACUCCAUUUGUAGAAUUCUUAAAUAAUUUUAUAAACGAUUAUUGUGAUAAUUACAAAAAGAAAUAUACAUCUUUCAUCAUAUCAGUACUUAAUCAAUAUGCAGACAAAUACUUUAACGAAUUGUUAAACUUAACGGAGAAACAAAAAAUUCAGUGGGAUAAAUAUUCUCGUAGUAACAUAAAAAGAAGAAUUAAAAAUGCAGCUAACAGAGCUAAUAACGAAAAAAAUGCUACUAAUAUUUUCAAACAAAACGAAUUAUAUUUGAUUGACAAUCAGGAAGAGAAAGAAAAUGAUGACAUAAUGAUGUAUAAUGAAAAUAUCGAAAAUGAAUUUAAUGAUAUCAAGGAAAUUACAAAUCGGAUUAAACAUAAGAAGAGGAAAAAAAAAAAUGUAUUCUACAAAUUAUUUGAUUAUGACGAAUUAGAUGUAGAUCUGAUAAAAAAUAAAGUUGGAGAAAUAUUAGAAGACAUAAAUGACUUAUCUCUCAAAAUGCCAAAUUUUCAGAGUAAUAUUUCGCACAAUAAUAAGGAAGUACCCGAUGGAGGAAUGAAUAGGAAUGUUACAUAUGCUGUUUCUCCUGCCGAUACUUCCACUGUCGCUAUUUCUUCCACUAUCGUCUGUCCUGCCAAUGAAUCCUGUGGGAAGAAAGACGAAAUUGAAAGAAAAGCAUCCUACAUGAGUGAAGAUUUAGUAAACAUCAUAGAAGAAAUAAACUAUCUUUUUAACGAUUCUGACAUGUCCAAUUCUCUAGUCAUCACAUGGAAUUUGUUUUUCUUCCAAGAACAGGUAGCCCUAAUUCGUAAUAAGUUUGAAAAAUAUAUACUAGAAUAUAUAACUACUAGAACUAAAGAUGUGGAUAAACUGAGUAAAAUAUUUAACAAUUAUGGACAGUUUGAUAUAACAUUGCCCAUACUAGAAAAAAAUAUUUAUACCAAAACAAUAUUUGAUAUUCUAACUACAUCCAUAAAUAAUAUAAAAAAUACACUAAAUAAUACCCUCUAUUAUAUAUUUAAAGUUUUGUCAAUACGAAUUAUAUGCUACGAGUUUCAGCAAGAAAUAUUUUACAAUUUAUAUGAACAACCAUAUGAAACAAAUAAUGUUAAGAAUAUUAUUUCCAUUUUUCCAAAUACUAUUGAGAAAUUCUUUUCACAAAUACCAGAAAUGUUUUAUAAAAAUAUAUUAACCGUUUUUAUAGAAGUUUUUAUAAAAAUGUGGAUAGUAGUUGUAGUAGAGAAAGGUUUUUCAAAUUAUAUUUUUAAUGAUCAGGACAUACAUGUUAUGAAGAGGGAUAAUCAGUAUAUAAAAAAGUAUAUGCAGAAGAACAAUAUAGAAUUAAAUCAUUCUUUUCUUACCAAAAAAUAUGAUGUUAUUGAAUAUAUAGACACCUUUUUUGAUACCCUCUAUGCCAAUCGCCACAUGUUUUCUCAAAUUAUGAAUGAACACAAGGAAAAAAAAAAUAAAAACAUUAUGUCUUCUGCCUAUACCAAGGGAAUGGCCAUUAUAACUGGGAUAAAUCAGCACAUUCAGGAGAACACUUAG